AUGUCGCAGACGAUCCUCAGCCAACUACAAUCGUCAGCCACCGACGAUCCUCAGCCAACUACAAUCGUCAGCCACCGACGAUCCUCAUCCAACGACAAUCGUCACCCACCGACGAUCCUCAGCCAACUACAAUCGUCAGCCACCGACGAUCCUCAUCCAAAGACAAUCGUCAGCCACCGACGAUCCUCAGCCAACUACAAUCGUCAGCCACCGACGAUCCUCAGUCAACGACGAUCCUCAGCCACCGACGAUCCUCAGCCAACGACAAUCGUCAGCCACCGACGAACCUCAGCCAAAUACAAUUGUCAGCCAACGACAAUCGUCAGUCAACGACGAUCCUCAGUCAACGACGUUCCUCAGCCAACGACAAUCAUAAGUAUUGUGUCCAUUUUAUUUAUUGGUAAUCUAUCUAUCUAUCUAUCUAUCUAUCUAUCUAUCUAUCUAUCUAUCUACGAAGGUCGAUCUGAAGACCCUCCCUCCCUCUCUAUCUAUCUAUCUAUCUAUGGAGAGAUUUCUCUCGCUUUCAUAUCUCUGAUUGCCUGCCUAUCUAUCUAUCUAUCUAUCUAUCUAUCUAUCUAUCUAUCUAUCUAUCUAUCUAUCUAUCUAUCAGACAAUCAUUUCAUACCUGAUGCUUCUAGAAACAAAGAGCCUGUCAUAUUUGUCUCUUCACAUCAGAAAGUCAAUGAUAUCUGCGAAAAGUUGUUAGCGUUUCCUAGUUUCUUUUCGGGAUACUUCUUGUGUCUUUUUGCUGACAUCUCUGUUUUUCUUUAUUUCUUCAUAUCUCGUGCAUGUUUUCCAUUAGAUGCAGUCAACUAA